CUACGUAAUUGCGCAGCCGUGAGACGCACGCGGAGUGUUUAUUAUGUAUGCGUACUUGAGCGGUAUGUAUUGACUGAAAUUUAUCGUAAAACUUUAAGCGAUGAGUCGCUUUACAUCCAUCUUGAGGAGAACGUUCGGAGUGGUUAAAGAGCACGUGGGUACAGAUCAUUUAGGAAAUAAAUAUUACAACAUACCCGAGCAGAAGACAUGGACAGGAAGGGUCAUUCGGCCCAGACGUCUGGUGGAAUCCGUCAAUACAUCAGAGUUUGAGUACUCAGAAAACAGCAUUCCCUCUGAAUGGGAUGCUUGGAUUAGAGGCAGGCGGAAGCAGCCACCUACUAUAGAGGAGUUGCUAAAGAACAUACACUACAGGGAGCAGAUUAAAAUCAAAGCCCAAGAGGCAGAUGAGAAGGAUAAGACCCUGCAGUCCAUCGAGUAUGAGGAAGCUUUGGUGACUCGACCUGCUCAGACUCAGAUCAAAGGUCACGCAUCUGCCACACAGUUUGGACAGUCUGAAGUCAACGAGGACCCUGUAAGCACUGCCAACUCAUUUCAGCCAGGGUCCUGGACACCCCCGGGAACCAAGAAAUAGGACAAUUGCAAGACAAUCAGGACAAAUGGCAGUUUUAAUAAUUUAUGGGUUGUGAUCGCAUUUUAGUGUUCAUUGUCUUUAAAUUGUAUUCGGAGGGCUAUAGCUAGAACUCAGUGGAAAUGACUCAAAGAUGAUUGAAUUGCUUUAUAUUGUUAUUUCAAUGUAUAAUUCAUACAAUUAUGCAAAAGCAUACCAUGUAUUUGAUUAAAUGAAAUGUCAUUUCAUUGGAGUGGA